AUGCCGGAGCAACAGCAGCAAGCCAUCCUUGCACAAUACAAUCUCAGACUGCACAAUGGCCAAUUUGUCCCUCUGAAUCGUGGGGCACCAUCGGGCCAGCCCGGCAAUAUCCGCAUAUCACAGGCUGGCAGCAUGGCCAGUAGUGGUUUACACGUCGGUGUCUCUGGAGCCGGUUCGCUGCCGGGAGGGAUUCCCGGGCAUACGCCGAACGACAUGCAACUUUCUGCUGGCUCGCAUGGCGCGCAGCCUAGCUCUUCUGGUGUCUCUCUGGCACGCUUGCCACCCAAUGUUCAAAAUGCUAUUGUCAAACUGGCGCAGCAAAAAGGCUGGGACCCUGAACGCUUGACACCUGAGCAAGUUUCAUCUCUACAGCAAAUUUUAUAUACGAUUCGAAAGCACCAGCUCCAAGCUCAAGCCCUGCGGCAACAACAGCAACAGCAACAGCAACAGCAGCAGCAACAGCAGCAGCAACAGCAGCAGCAACAGCAACAGCAACAGCAACAGCAACAGCAGCAGCAACAACAACACUCGUCGCAACAGCAGCCUCAGCAAUCAUCGCAGCAUCAACCGUCAGGGGUUCUCCAGGGGCAGGCUCUACAGCAGGCUCAGGCUCAGGCUCAGGCUCAGGCUCAGGCCCGAGCACAUGCACAGGCGCAGGCGCAGGCGCAGGCUCGGGCCCAAGCGCAGGCGCAGGCGCAGGCGCAGCGUAGUACAUCCUCUCCUCAAACUCAGGGACAGCUCCCGCGGCCCGGCGUUAGUGCAGCCGCCCAGGUGUCGCAGGCUCAACUACAAGAGCUCCUGCAACAACAGCAGUUGCAACGCCAACAACUUCAAUACCAGUUGCAACGCCAACAAGAACAUGGCAUGCCACCGCAGUCUCAAGCAACUCAUUUGCAGCGUCUUCUGGCCCAACAACAACAACAACAACAACAACAACAACAACAACAACAACAACAACAACAACAACAGCAUCAUCAUCAUCAGCAGCAGCAGCAACUCCAACAGCAAUUGCUUCAACAGCAACGCAUGGGUUCUAUGACUUCAGUAGCAUCCGGAACUGGUGGUGUCUCAACUUCUGCCGCCUCCCUUAUUCCGACCCUGUCCGAAGCCAUGAAACGGCAUGUCUUGCAGUCUAUGCAGCCAGCUAUUGACGAACUUGUGAAGAGACUGAAAAGUCAGAACACACCUCCGGAGAAGAUUAUGCAGAUUGUUUCUGGUUACCGUAUGCGGCAGCUGAGCAUAGUUGCACAACAACAACAACAACAACAACAACAACAACAACAACAACAACAACAACAACAACAACAACAACAGCAGCAGCAGCAGCAGCAGCAGCAGCAACAACAGCCACAGCCACAGCCACAGCAUCAUCAAACACACCAACUGCCGCUUCAACAUUUGCAACAACAACAGCAGCAGCAGCAGCGACAACCACAACAAUCACAACAAUCAACACAACAACAGCAACAGCAACAGCAACAACAUCAGUUGUCCGGUCAACGUGGGAUGUCACAUGUAGGGUCAGCCGCGUCCCAGAUGUAUCAACAACAACAGGCCGUGCAUCAGCAUUCGAACACCGCUGUCAUGGAGCGUCUUCAGGCAUCCUCAACCUCUCAAGGGGCUCAUUCACAUGGCGCAGCACCAGCUGGCCCUGGUCCUAACACUGCAGUCCACGCCGUACAGCAGAAGGCUCAACAAGGCCCUGUAGACCAAUCAAGCAACUCGUCAACCUUACAGCUUCACAAAAACCAGGUCAAGCUAUACCUGGCGCGACUGAUACACCAAGAAAAAGCGACUAUGGGUGACAUUGAGCGCAUUCGGCAAGCCUUGGAACAGAACAAUACAAAUGCUUCCCAGGUUGAGCUUUUGCACCGCGAAUUGGCCAAGCUCAACACCAAGGUACCUGAAAUGCGCCGGAGAAUUCAAGAGCAUGCGAACCUUCUGCGGCAGAUCGAUUUUGAGCUUCAAAAGCUCGCGCAUUCGCCUGCCAACAAUGUGGUCCAUGGUUCCGGAUCCACCAGCAUGACCCCCGACGUCGCGCGGACGCCUGGAUACCCAAAUCCCGCCUCAGUACCAGCAGAGACCGCACGGGACAAUGCAUCGACCCAGGGUCUAGGCAAUUCGCGCGCCGGUUCUCGUGCUGCCUCCCGCCCGACCUCGGCUGCUGCCACACCCACUUCCACCACUAACGACGAGGUAACGCCAGCCAAGAAGGCCAAGCGACGUGCCGCUCAAAAACAGCGAGUACCAAAGACAAGCGUCAAGCAAACUUUGCAAGACAUCAAGGAUCGGCUUGAGGCCAUGCGCAAGAAUACUGCCCCUCCCGUGCUUUCAGUGGACGAGCAGCCCUCUGAUGAAAUCCUAUUAUCCCGGGCCCAUCACCGAGCUCGUCGCCGAUUGCGUGAUAUCCGCUUGAAGGAGGGCCAGAUUCUGCACACCGGACACCGCGAGCCGUUUGAGAAUUUCGGGGACGCUUUGGACAGUUUGAGCGCUUUCCAUAACCUUCAACGCGAGACGUAUGCUGAAGCCGAUGCCGUGUCUGACGAUGAGGCUUUCGAAGAAGUGGGCGAGGAGCUGCUGCAGCGUAGCGAGGAGCUGCUGCAGCGAUUCGGCGACGUGUGCUUGGUCGCAGCUUCGAAAUCCGGUUCGCCAGGCCUCUCUAUCUUGAUGGAGCGUGAGCUCACAACCAUCAUGAAAGAUCAGUUGGAACAGGAAGAAAAAGAUUUCGCCCUUGAUAUGGAAAUAAAACGCGCCGAGCUCCUUGCCCUCCAAGAGGCUGAAGCUGCCAAGCAGCAGUACGUUGAGGAAUCUCUGGGCGGUGACUUUUCCGUCGAUGAACUGCAGAAUCUCCUAGACCUUUAGACUUGCAGAAAGUAGUCUGUGCAUGAUGUUGCGCUGACCUCGCCCGCUUCAAAAUUCUUUUCAACUUUUCUUGGCCCAGCUCUUGAACGAGUGCAUUAUUUGCUUGUGGCCUUUGCAUCAUGAACACGGAGGAGAAGCGGGCGUUUGUGUGUUUACUUUUGUUCUGGACGAGUGCCUUCCAGGUGUCUUUUUGUUAACUACUCACACGGUUGCUAGUUUCUCGCACCACAGCCUAUCUUGUGAUCGUCGUGCGCUGGAGUGGUGCCUGCUUGCUUUUUUUUCUUUCUGUUCAAUUUUUUUUUUUGGAUUGUUGUUGUGUUACGCUGAGUCCCAUUGAGUUUGUGAAACCUG